AUGGGCAAACAAGAGAUCUCAAAGCCCAACCCGCCGCCGGACGCGUCUCAUCUCCCGGACGCGCUCCUCAGGCUCCGCAUCGACCUCGACGAUGCGAAGAAGACCGUCCUCACCGACGCCGAGCUCUCCGCCCUCCAGAAAUUCAGAAGAGCAGCAGACUACAUCGCGGCCGCAUAUUCGUACUAG